CCACGCCAACCACUGCCGGAGCCAGCCAGCUUAGCCUCAGUUCUCAGUUCUCACUUCGAGGGCCCCAUAUUCGUACAUUCGUGAUCCCAAUGUGAGAUCAAGGCCCUGCCGGGAGCCUCACCAUCCCUUCAAAUCGUGUCAUUUUCUUUUGUUCCUCCUUCGUUUCGAUGCGUUGUCAUGUCUUUGGGUGCUUUGACGGGUCUCGACUCGGAGCGCCAAAAUUCCAGUAUCACGAGCCAACCCGCGCCACUCCCUCCCACUCACUUCCUUUGGCCCCAUGCGCGGCUCGUCGCGUGGUUCGAAGCAUAUUUUGUUACCUUGCGUUGCCUUUCCCAACAAGUCUCGACCUUGGGGAUAACCUUUCUUCUUUCUAGCCUAUCCAAGCGGAGAGUAAACGACACUUGGCCAAAGACGACGCGGUCCCUAUGCGCGAGUCUGCCGACAUGCUCACUCCCUGUCCAGCUCAAUGCAGAAGAGCAGAGCCUGCCCUCGAGUCCCUGCAAUGCCGUACUCAACGUACACCAUGUCUCAGAUCGGCCAUUCUAUUCCGACUCCCAAGCUCCGAAGGUCCAAGGUGACAAAGCCCCUUGGUGCUGCACCAGCCAACAAGCCCAGUUGACUCUUGCGCGAUCCGACUGGCCCAUCUAGUCCCGGCGCUGUCGCUCGGGAGCGUCUCCGCUUCCCACCAAAGGUAGGUAGUCAGUCCGUCAGUCAGUCAGUCAUCAAGAGGGCCCUGGCUUAUUCACGAGGUCAGUUUGGCCUUUUAUACCA